CCGCGGAGCCAGUUUGCUGGAAUCGAGAACUUGCGGCGUUUUUACGGUCUCUUUGGAUUGUUCGCGCUAAGGACUUUGCAUUUUUUUUUUUUUGCCUUAUUCGAACUUUUUUUGGGGAUUACGCUGCUGACACCCGAAGAUCUUGGACUAGCGCUCCGGCUCCGUGGGAAGGUGUUGCGCUCUCUGUGCCAGGAUUUUGCAUUUUCUCCCCUGGGACUGUGUGGGUCUCUUUCCACUGUGGAUUACAAUUGCAACAUGACCCUGGAAGAGAUCGUGGCGUGCGACAACGCGGCGCAGAAGAUGCAGACGGUGAGCGCAGCGGUGGAGGAGCUUCUGGUGGCUGCGCAGUGCCAGGACCGCCUCACCGUGGGGGUGUACGAGUCGGCCAAGCUGAUGAAUGUGGACCCCGACAGCGUGGUCCUGUGUCUCCUGGCCAUAGACGAAGAAGAGGAGGAUGAUAUCGCUCUGCAGAUCCACUUCACACUGAUCCAGUCGUUCUGCUGUGACAACGACAUCGACAUCGUGCGAGUCUCAGGCAUGCAGCGCCUGGCACAGCUGCUGGGCGAGCCAGCCGAGACCCAGGGCACCACGGAGCCCCGGGACCUGCACUGCCUCCUGGUCACGAACCCUCACACGGACGCCUGGAAGAGUCAUGGGCUGGUGGAGGUGGCCAAUUACUGUGAAGAAAGCCGGGGAAACAAUCAGUGGGUCCCCUACAUCCCCCUGCAGGAGCGCUGAGCCCCCUCUCAGCACAAGUACCUGUUGAGUUGCUGCCAAAAAAAAAAGCAAAUAAAUAUUGAUCUCCUCCCCCCCAGCACAACCUCCCCCCUCAAAAUACCCAAUCCGUGAGACCAUCAGGGGGCAGAGUCAUUGGAGACUUGAGAACAAGGAGAGGGGAGUGUGGGGUCAUGCCCAGGGCGGUGGCCUGGAGCAGCGCCAUGGAUGGCCAGAGAGAGAGAGGAGAGGGGCCCCCAGCCAGCAGAAGAGGGGACCUCGUGCCACAGGCCUGGCUACAGAGCAGACACCGGAGUUGGGGAGCCCUGCCUCCCCCCAGCACAGACAGCCGGGACUCUACACUUUGGGGGUUGGGUGAGACCUGCUGUGUCCCCCACCCUUGAUGAGGCCGAAGCUGCCAUCUGCAAAAAGGACUUGGCUGACCGAGGGCGUGGACCCUUGCCAGGAUUUU